AUGGAUGCAGAUUUAGACGUCCCAAUGCAAGAUGCUGUCACCGAACAGUUGACGCCCACAGUGUCUGAAGACAUGGACAUGAACAAUAAUCCGGGAGAUAAUAACGAAGAAGAAUUUUCUAUUGAAGACUUAAAGCCAGGCUCCUCGGGCAUAGCAGACCAUAAGUCGUCCAAGCCACUUGAACUAACCAAUACGAAUAUAAACCAGCUCGACCAAUGGAUUGAGCACCUUGGUAAGUGUGAGCCAUUAUCGGAAGACGAUGUGGCUCGGCUAUGUAAGAUGGCAGUUGACGUGUUACAAUUCGAGGAAAACGUCAAGCCGAUCAACGUCCCCGUGACCAUUUGUGGUGACGUGCACGGCCAAUUCCAUGACCUGUUAGAGCUGUUUAAGAUCGGUGGCCCCUGCCCGGACACCAAUUACCUUUUCAUGGGUGACUACGUGGAUAGAGGAUAUUACUCCGUCGAAACCGUUUCCUAUUUAGUAGCCAUGAAGGUCAGAUACCCGCAUAGAAUCACUAUACUGAGGGGUAAUCACGAGUCGAGACAAAUCACCCAAGUAUACGGGUUCUAUGAUGAAUGUUUAAGGAAAUACGGCAGUGCGAAUGUUUGGAAAAUGUUCACCGAUCUGUUCGAUUAUUUCCCCAUUACAGCUUUAGUAGACAACAAGAUWUUCUGUCUACAUGGCGGUCUUUCGCCCAUGAUAGAGACCAUAGAUCAAGUCAGAGAGCUGAACAGAAUACAGGAAGUGCCUCACGAAGGCCCCAUGUGUGACCUCCUAUGGUCCGAUCCUGAUGAUAGAGGCGGAUGGGGGAUUAGUCCCAGAGGUGCAGGCUUCACUUUUGGUCAAGACGUCAGUGAGCAAUUCAAUCAUACCAAUGAUCUAUCACUAAUAGCAAGAGCCCAUCAACUGGUCAUGGAAGGUUAUGCCUGGACUCAUCAACAAAACGUAGUCACCAUCUUUAGUGCUCCCAAUUACUGUUAUAGAUGCGGUAAUCAGGCAGCAAUCAUGGAAGUGGAUGAAAAUCAUAAUAGACAAUUCUUACAAUACGACCCAUCCGUAAGACCUGGUGAACCUAGCGUCAGUAGAAAGACACCAGAUUACUUUUUAUGA